AUGAGUUCUUCUGAUGAAGACACUGCCCUUAGUCAACUACCCAUUGAAUCGCAAACAGUAUCUACUUCGCCAACAUCAGAUGAUAUAGAUCACGACGAAGAAGAGGAUGAUGUUCCAUUGAUAAGGAGAAAUAGAAAAAGAGCAGCCGUGGAGUCAGAUGUCAGUGAUGAUAAUGGUGAUGACGAUGAUGGCGAUUAUGAUGAAGACGACGAUAUUCCAUUGUCGAAGAAGGCCAAGACUAACAAUGGAAAUACAAAGAAAGCUACGUCAGUCAAGAAGGAGACAACGACUACGAAAAAGACAGACACAAAGAAGAAGGCAACACCAAAAGUUAAAGCUGAACCCAAGACCAAAGCAACCAAAGCAGCCAAAGCAACCAAAGCAGCCAAAGCAACCAAAACAGCCACUACAACAGCCAAAACAAAAGUGAAAGCAGAACCUAAAUCAAAGGUUAAAGCGGAACCGAAAUCCAACUCAUCGAAAGCAAAGAAGGAGACCUCUGUCAAGAGCGAAACACCAGGAUCCGAAGAUGAAGAUACUUAUAAAUGGUGGGAACAACAGUCAGGCGACAAUGAUGGUGAAAUCAAAUGGACAUCAUUGGAACAUAAUGGAGUCAUGUUCCCUCCACCUUAUGAACCAUUACCAUCACAUGUCAAGUUAUAUUAUGACGGAAAACCAGUCAAUUUACCCAUUGAAGCAGAAGAAGUUGCUGGGUUUUUUGGAGCCAUGGUUGAAACUGAUCAUGCUAAAAACCCCGUAUUCCAAAACAAUUUUUUCCAAGAUUUCCAACAAGUGCUAAAAGAAUGUGGUGGAUGUGGAGUUGACAUUACUGAUUUCAAUAAAUUAGACUUUAGCAAAAUGUAUGCAUAUUUUGAAAAAAACCGUGAAGAGAAGAAGGCGUUGAGUAAAGAUGAGAAAAAGAGACUCAAGGAAGAAAAAGACAAGAUUGAAGAACCAUACAAGACAUGUUUGCUUAAUGGAAGGAAAGAAUUAGUGGGUAAUUUUCGUAUUGAACCACCAGGAUUAUUCCGAGGUCGUGGUGCCCACCCCAAGACUGGAAAAUUGAAAAGAAGAGUUUAUCCUGAACAAGUUACAUUGAAUUUGAGUGCCAAUGUUAAAGUCCCUGAUCCACCACCAGGACACAAGUGGGCGGAAGUUCGACACGACAAUGAAGUCACUUGGUUGGCAAUGUGGAAGGAGAACAUUGCUGAUUCGUUUAAAUAUGUGCGGUUUGCCGCUAAUUCCUCGGUUAAGGGGCAAUCUGACUUUAAGAAAUUCGAGACGGCACGAGAAUUGCGUAAAUAUGUUGAUGCGAUUAGAAAAGAUUACACCAAGAUGCUAAAACUGGAAAAGAUGCAGGAUCGACAAAUGGCAACGGCAAUGUAUCUUAUUGAUGUGUACGCCUUGAGAGCUGGCGGAGAAAAAGGUGAGGAUGAAGCUGACACAGUCGGAUGUUGUUCGCUUCGAUUUGAACACAUUACUUUAAAACCACCCAAUACUGUUAUAUUUGAUUUCCUUGGUAAGGAUUCGAUUCGAUUUUAUCAAGAGGUUGAAGUAUCAAAACAAGUUUUUAAAAACUUGCGUAUAUUCAAAAAGGACCCUAAACAACCAGGUGAUAAUUUAUUUGAUCGAAUCAAUCCUAGUAUGGUUAAUAAGCAAUUGCAAAAUUAUAUGAAGGGGUUAACUGCCAAGGUAUUUCGUACGUAUAAUGCAUCCAAAACCAUGCAAGAUCAGUUGGAUUUGAUUCCUAAUGAGGGUACGGCGGCGGAGAAGGUAGUCAAGUUCAACGCUGCCAAUAGGACUGUGGCCAUUUUAUGUAACCAUCAGCGUACAGUGAGUAAAAACCACGGCAAUUCGGUUCAAAAAAUCAGUGAUAAGUUGAAGGAACUACUUUGGCAAAAGAUACGAUUGAAAAAGAUGAUUCUUCAAUUGGACCCCAAGUUGAAGAAGAAGGACCCCAAGUUUUUCGAAGAAUUGGAUGACUUGGUGAAAGAGGACAUUGAACAUAUUCAUCAUGCAAUCAUUGAACGACAAAAACAACAAGUAUUAAAAAAAUUGGAACGUGAUAAUGAGAAGUUGAAAAUGGAGAAAAAACCAUUGUUGACCAAGAAAGACAUCAAGGACAAAUUGGACAAGAUUCAUGAUUUGGAAAAGGAAUACAAGAAGGAGUUGAAAACGGGUAAACCUGAGGUUCCUGCCAAAAUGACAAUGGAAAAACUAUACCAACAAAUCGAAACCCUUGAAAAUCGAAUAGUUUCGACUUCAUUGCAAUUGAAGGAUAAGGAAGAUAAUUCUGAAGUUUCUUUGGGAACUUCGAAAAUGAAUUAUAUCGAUCCUCGAUUAACGGUUAUGUUUUCGAAAAAGUUUGAUGUACCAAUUGAAAAGUUGUUUACCAAGACAUUGAGAGAUAAGUUCAAGUGGGCUAUUGAAUCAGCUGAUGAAAAUUGGCGAUUCUAG